UUUUAUUACUCUUAAGUCUCCAAACACCUCAUCACAUCAUCACUCUAACGCCAUGGGUUUAAGUUUUUCAAGAUUAUUUAACGAUCUCUUCGGAAAGAAGGAGAUGCGUAUCUUGAUGGUUGGUCUUGACGCCGCCGGUAAGACCACCAUCUUGUACAAGCUCAAGCUUGGUGAGAUUGUCACUACAAUUCCCACCAUUGGUUUCAAUGUCGAGACCGUUGAAUACAAGAACAUCGCAUUCACUGUCUGGGAUGUCGGAGGUCAGGACAAGAUUCGUCCUCUCUGGAGACACUACUUCCAAAACACCCAGGGCAUCAUUUUCGUUGUCGAUUCUAAUGAUCGCGACCGUGUUUCUGAGGCUCGUGAUGAACUCCAGCGUAUGCUGAACGAAGAUGAGCUUCGUGAUGCUCUUUUGCUCGUGUUCGCCAACAAACAGGAUUUGCCUAACGCCAUGAAUGCAGCCGAGAUUACCGACAAGCUCGGCCUUCACGCUUUGCGCAACCGACAGUGGUACAUCCAGACCACCUGUGCAACAAGUGGUGAUGGUCUGUACGAAGGUUUGGAGUGGUUGUCAAGCAACAUGAAGAAGAGAUCUUAAGUACCAAGUCUUUUAAAAGAUACAGUCGAGGCGUCUGUGUUUUAUGGCGCAUAUUUCUACAAUACAAAAAAAAAUACAAUACACAAAGAGAGAAUCUUAUUUCCAUUCAUCUUAUUUAAAGCUUUUUUUUUAUUAUUAUUUUUACAAUCUUCGUGUUUUCCACC